AUGGCACCUAGUCGACUCACAGAAGAGGAUGAAGUCGCUGUCCCAGAGAUUAGCUAUGACAUCAACCUGCCAUACAACCAUGUAUCCGAUGAAUACGACCAGAGAUCUAAAUGUCGAACAGAGUUCCCAAGCUACCUUCCAUCGUGGGAGGACGAUGUCUGGUUCGACGAAGUCAAGCACUUCGAGUAUCAUGACCCAGCCCUGCGAGCAAAUAAGUCUAAGCCAAACCUCUUCAAGGGUGGUGUCAAAGCCAAGCACAUCACGCCUAAGAUGGGGACGAUUUUGAGUGGUGUAAAGAUGGAGGAGCUCUCUGACGCAGGCAAAGACGAACUUGCACUUUUGAUAACCGAGCGCAAAAUUGUUGUUCUCCGAGAACAAUCCGACUUUCUUCACGCCGGUCCCCAAUUUCAACAAGAUUUCAUGUCCUAUUUCGGACCACUAAGCAUUCAGCCUGUAUCUGGCUCUGUCAAGGGACACCCUCCUUUCCAUGUCAUUCAUCGCGAUCACAACGAAGAGGAAAUCGCAAAUUUCUUCCAGAAGAAAUUGACUUCCACACUCUGGCACCACGAUGUCAGCUACGAAAAACAGCCUCCUGGAUAUAUUAUGCUUGGCAUAUUAGCAUGCCCCGAUGUUGGUGGUGACACCGUGUUUGCCGACACGGUGGAAGCCUACAAACGCCUCUCGCCCACCUUCCGCACCAUGAUACAGGACCUCAAGGCAACCCAUUCCUCGCAAAAGAUGAUUGGCUAUGCGCGCGCCGCCCGAGGAACUGUCCGAACCGACCCGAUCGACUCCCUGCACCCAAUCGUUCGCGUGCAUCCCGUCUCGGGCGAAAAAGCGCUCUAUCUCAACUCGGAAUUCUUGACCGAUAUUGUCGGGCUCAAGGAUGGCGAGAAGGAAAUGCUGAUGAAAUUCUUGGUGGAUCAUGUUUGUAUGGGCCACGAUUUCCAGGCGAGAGUGGGGUGGGAAAAACACUCGGUGGUUAUGUUUGAUGGACGAAGCACUCUACACACCGCAACCGUAGACUACGAUUCCCGUAUUCAAGCGCGCCACCUUUUCCGCUUGGCAGCCAUGACGGAAAAACCCAUGUCGGUCGCUGAAUGGGAAGCCCACCUCCACGAUGAUAAAUCCUCCGAAACCUCAGAAUCAUCGAAUUCGAGCGUGAGUUCGGAUUAA